AUGUGGUUUAAGAACUGUUUGUUUUUGAUUUCAACCUUUUUGAUGUUGAAUCAAAUCGUUGCUGGUUUGGACUAUGAUAAAGUUUAUGAACCAAAUCCUCCUGUUACUCAUCGUGCUUUCAUGACUAUCAGAUAUUUCGAUAGAUCUGCAGGUAAGACUAAAGAACAAGAAAUUACGAUCGAUCUGUAUGGUACUGUUGUUCCAAAGACUGUAUUUAACUUUGCUUCUCUAGGUAAUGGUGUCAAGGCUAGAAUUCAAGGUCAAGAUCCUGAUGAUAUUAAGGUUUUGGGUUACAAAGGUACUAAAUUCACCGAAGUUGUUCCAAAUGGUAUGAUUUUGGGUGGUGACGUUAUCCCAGAAAUUGGUCCUUUCUCUGUCCAUGGUCCUGGUUUCCCAGAUGAAAACUUCUUCUUGAAGCACGACAGACCAGGUAGACUUUCUAUGGCUAACACCGGUCCAGAUUCUAACAACUGUAAGUUCUUCAUUUCUACUAAAGUUGAACCUGCUACUGAAUUGGACAACCGUAACGUUGUCUUUGGUCAAGUUGUUUCCGGUUUGGAAGGUUUGUUGGACAACGUCCAAAAUGUCGAAACUGGUGCUUACCACAGACCUGUCAAGGAUGUAGAAAUCACUUCUUCCUUGGUCAACGAAUUGAAAUUAGCUGAACCAGAAGCUCUACACACCGGUUAUGUUCAAAGAUUAGAAAAAUUCAAAGGUGGUGAUAAAUCUCAAGGUAUCACCAUGAAGGAAAUGUUAAAUGAAGGUUCUAAGAAGAAGAAGGUAGUAAAGAAGUCUAAGAAGGCUGGUGGUAAGAAAGCCAAGACCGUCUUUGGUAUCCAACCAACUCAAGCUUUAUACGCUAUCAUCGGUUUAGCUGCCGUUUUGGUCUUGAUCAAAUUGGUCAGAAAACAAUUAAAGAACAGAUCUAAGAACGUCUCUAUCAGAGCUGAUUAA